AUGGCUACCACAAACAAAAUCAGAGUCAAGAACCCAAUCGUCGAACUAGAUGGCGAUGAGAUGACCCGCAUCAUCUGGAAAGACAUCAAAGAAAGAUUUAUUCACCCUUACCUUUCGGUCGACCUAAAAUACUACGACCUCGGCCUCCCCUACCGCGACGAAACCAACGAUCAAGUCACCUUAGAUGCCGCAGAAGCAAUCAAGAAAUACUCUGUAGGCGUCAAAUGCGCGACCAUCACCCCCGACGAAGCGCGUGUGAAAGAAUUCAAGUUGAAGCAGAUGUGGUUGAGCCCCAAUGGCACGAUACGGAACCAGCUUGGGGGAACAGUGUUCAGAGAACCAAUCGUCAUACCCAGGAUACCGAGGCUGGUGCCGGGGUGGAAGAAACCGAUUAUCAUUGGGAGACAUGCUUUUGGAGAUCAAUACCGCGCUAAAGAUAUGGUCGUUUCGGGUCCCGGGACAUUGAGGAUGGUGUACACGCCGAAGGGAGGAGAGCCGGAACGGAUAAAAGUGUUUGAAUUUGGAGAGGGAGGCGGGGUUGCGCAGACACAAUACAACACGGACGAAUCGAUACAGGGAUUUGCUCACGCCAGCUUCAAGCUUGCUUUGAGCAAAGCUCUACCGCUAUAUCUGAGCACAAAAAACACUAUACUAAAGAAAUACGACGGGAGGUUCAAGGAUAUUUUCCAGGAGGUAUACGAGAAGGAAUAUGCGUCGCAGUUUGAGGACAAGAAGAUAUGGUAUGAGCAUCGGCUGAUUGAUGAUAUGGUUGCGCAGAUGAUGAAAUCGUCUGGUGGAUAUAUCAUGGCGUUGAAGAAUUACGAUGGAGAUGUGCAAUCAGAUAUCGUGGCGCAAGGCUUCGGGUCGCUGGGUCUCAUGACCUCCGUGCUCAUCACACCUGAUGGCAAGACGUUUGAGUCGGAAGCAGCGCAUGGCACGGUGACACGACAUUUCAGGGAGCACCAGAAGGGCAAUGCUACAUCCACCAAUCCUAUAGCGUCGAUCUUUGCAUGGACCCGAGGACUCGUGCAGAGAGGCCAGCUUGAUGAUACGCCAGAGGUGGUAAUAUUUGCGGAGAUUCUUGAGCAGGCGUGUGUGGAUACCGUUGGUAAGGACAACAUCAUGACGAAGGACCUGGCUCUGGCGUGUGGCUUGACAGAGAGGAAGGAUUAUGUCACGACGCAUGAGUAUAUGGAGGCAGUGGAGAAGAGGAUGAAGCGUAAGCUAAAGGAGAAAUUGUCAAGCUCGCUAGGCUUGAGUGCUUGA